UGGGAUUACAGGCGUGUGAAUCCGAGCAUGGUCCAUGAUGGUGCUAAUUCCUCAGGUGUCAAGAGAAGGAAACGGGCAAUUCUAUCAGAUUGGGCAUUUAUUGGGAGUAAAGACUACUUGAAUCUCAAGAGAAGGCUUGCCAAUAACCUGAAACCAUAGAACACAGUUCUUUUAAAAAUAAGGUUUUUAAAAGUAGGUCGUGAAAGUGUUUUACGUUACAGCCGCAUUCCAAUGACAACUCGUUUGGUACUUCUGACAUUUUCAUAACGUUUAAAAUGGGGGAAAUGAAAGAUUAUUUAAAAUGAACAGGAACACACAUUUGAGACUGAUGACAAGAUUUCUUGUCUGCGCCCCCUCCCCUCACAAGAAUUCUUUUACUGAUUGCUAAUGCAGAGCAGCAAUAAAGAACCCUAGGCACUCUCGGGGCCCAGAAGUGCAGGAGGGCCACACGGAGGGAACACUGGGUAGGUAGGUCGAAUGCGGCUGACUCGGCUCACUUGAGAGCUCACCUGUCCACUUAACCAGACCUCCACCAGAUCCUCCCGGAGCGGUUCGGGGCUCACCCGGAAGUUCCACCUCCGAAUAUUUUACUUCCGGUCGCCAUGGCGACUGGGCGACUUGGGGUCGGGGAGACGCUGGGGGCCCUUAACGCUGCCUUAGGACCUGGGGGUCCGGUGUGGUUUAAGGAGACCCGUGCCCGGCACCUGCGUGUCCGAGACUUCCUGGCACCGCGACAAGCUCUACGGGCGCGCUUCGGGGACGAGCAGGUGCCGGAGCAUGUGUUCCAUGCGGUCGCUAGCCUGCAGGGUCCCGGUGUGGCCCCGGUGCUGCGCUGCGCGCCGACACCAGCGGGUUUGGCGCUCCAGUUGCAGCGACCUGCAGUCUUUCAGCGUGUCCUCGGCUCAGAUGCCUCCUAUGCCACGCCCACCAGACCUGCCUCGCCGGGACCGCGAGUAGUCCUACACUGCCCGGCUUUGCGUUGCAGCCCUGACGCACUCCGCCUGAGCCAGCUGCGUGCAGUACUUGUGGCGGAUCACCUGGCGCGAACUCUGCGUACUCAAGGGAUGUGUGUGCACCUAGUGCCCGCUGUGCGGGACCCGCACAUGCCAACUUUCCUGCAGAAACUGAGGGUGGACUGGCCCACUGCCUCGGCAAGAGCGUCUACUGAAACCCUGAAGAGCCGUGUGCUAGCAGAGCUAACCUCUCUGCAUGAUGGGGAGACACUGCCCCCUGGCGUCUUGGGAAAAAUAUGCCUGAAGGAUCUGGUGGAAGAACAGGGCCACAGGGCUGGCUAUGACCCCAGUGUGGACAACUGUCUUGUGACCGAGGACCUGCUCUCUGUGCUGGCUGAGCUGCAGGAAGCUGUGCAGCAUUGGCCAGAAGACAACCACCAAAGCCUGAGGGUGGCUCCAGAUGCUGGUGUAGACAGCUGCAUAGUUGUACAUGUGGUGAGCUGUGAGGAGGAGUUCCAACAACAAAAGUUGGACCUACUUUGGUGGAAGUUGGAUGACCAGGCUCCACUCAGACAGAAGCACCUGGUCUGUGGCCCAGUAAAAGUAGCUGGUGCACCUGGAACUUUGAUGACUGCCCCUGAAUACUAUGAGUCCCGACAUACCCAGGUGUGCAAGGCCUCAGCUCUGAAGCACGGUGGUAGUCUGGCACAAGACCCAGCCUGGAUAGAGAUCUUUGGGGUUCUGUCUGUGGCUGCCAUCAAGUUUGAGAUGCUAAGCACAGCCCCACAGAGUCAGCUCCAUCUGGCCCUGACUGACAGUAACAUCUCCACAAAGGGCACAAAGAGUGGCACCUUUGUCAUGUAUAAUUGUGCCCGUCUUGCCACACUCUUUGAGGGUUACAAACGCUGUAUGGAACAAGGUCUGUACCCUACUUUCCCACCUGUGAGCAGUCUGGACUUCUCGCUGCUACAAGAUGAGGUGAGUGCCCUUCUUGAGUAUCUGACACAAGCAGUACCCUUGGACUUUGCCUCCCAGCACCCUUGUACCCCACAGGGCGAGUGGUUGCUGCUCUUCAACAGUGUCCUUCCCUUCUCGGAUCUGUUGAGUCAGACUGCAGUCCUGACCUGUGUAUCCCCGGGGCUCCGUGUCACUGCUCACACAGAGAUGGUAUGCAGAUUCCUGAUACAGCUCAGCAUGGAUUUCAGCUCAUACUAUAACCGGAUACAUGUCCUAGGGGUCCCUUCUCCUCCAGGAGCCUCGGCCACACCUCUUUGGUCAGAUGUUUGCCCGCUUGCAGCUUCUGAAAGCCGUGCGUGAGAUACUCCAUACUGGCCUGGCUAUGCUGGGCAUCCCUCCAUUGAACCACAUCUAAAGCCACAGAGGGCCAAGUAUUUGGGAAUGUUUGGCAUUUUUCUUCCAGUUGAUAAUUUUACAAACUCCACAGACUUCGGGAGCUUAAAGCCAAAAUAAAUUGCUUCUGUUACAA